UCCCGGCGAGAGGCCGAUCCCCAAGCCCGGCGGGCUCCGGGAGGGGCGGGCAACGCGGGAGGGGGAGGAGGUCUGUCUGGAGCCAGCAAGAACCCCGAGGAGGAAGAGGAGGAGGAAGCAGGGGCAGCCGCCGCCGCCGCCGCUGCCACCGCCACCGCGGCGCUCCGGGGACUUCGGCGCGCGUGCUCUGCUAGCCGGUGAUCGAGCCUUCAGCCCUGGGGGCCACAACCCCGUUCAGCAGAGAGUACUUCAGGCAGAGGAACCGGGCGAAGCCACCAGGAUACACAGGCCCAUGGGAAAACAGGCUGUGGCCACCUUGGGACCGGGGAGGACGACAAAGGGCGGCGGGCAGUGAGGGAGCCAUUCUCCCUCCCGACACCUGCGUCAUGCAGCUUGGGACAGGACAUCUCUGACAGUGCAGGCAGUGAUCCAUCCCACCCCUAAGUCCCCUGGGGGGGGCCACUGCCCAGCCCUCCCCCCAUCCCCACAGGCAGUGUCCCGAAAUGGCUGGGCACGGGUGGGGUACAGCGUGGGUACUUGUGGCAGCUGCCACGUUACUGCACGCGGGUGGGCUGGCCCAAGGUGACUGUUGGCUGAUUGAGGGUGACAAAGGCUUCGUGUGGCUGGCCAUCUGCAGCCAGAACCAGCCGCCCUAUGAGGCUAUCCCCCAACAGAUCAACAACACCAUCGUGGACCUGCGGCUUAACGAGAACCGUAUUCGCAGUGUGCAGUACGCCUCCCUGAGCCGCUUCGGAAACCUCACAUACCUCAACCUCACCAAGAACGAGAUCGGCUACAUCGAGGACGGGGCCUUCUCAGGCCAGUUCAACCUCCAGGUGCUGCAGCUGGGCUACAACCGGCUGCGCAACCUCACGGAGGGCAUGCUGCGGGGCCUGAGCAAGCUCGAGUACCUGUACCUACAGGCCAACCUCAUCGAGGUGGUGAUGGCCAGCGCCUUCUGGGAGUGUCCCAACAUCGUCAACAUAGAUCUCUCCAUGAAUCGCAUCCAGCAGCUGGGCAGCGGCACCUUCGCAGGCCUGACCAAGCUCUCAGUGUGUGAGAUCUACAGCAACCCUUUCUACUGCUCCUGUGAGCUGCUGGGUUUCCUGCGCUGGCUGGCCGCCUUCACCAACGCCACACAGACCCAUGACCGGGUGCAGUGUGAGUCUCCUCCUGUCUACGCAGGCUACUUCCUCCUGGGCCAGGGCCGCCAUGGCCACCAACGUAGCAUCCUUAGCAAGCUCCAGUCUGUGUGCACAGAGGGUUCCUACACUGCUGAGGUACUUGGCCCACCCCGCCCGAUGCCAGGCAGGUCACAGCCGGGACAUUCGCCACCUCCACCUCCACCAGAGCCCAGUGACAUGCCCUGUGCUGAUGACGAGUGCUUCUCCGGAGAUGGCACCACACCGCUGGUGAUCCUGACUACGCUGGUCCCUCAGACAGAGGCCCGUCCCUCCAUGAAGGUCAAGCAGCUGACCCAAAAUUCGGCCACCAUCAUGGUGCAGCUGCCGAGCCCGUUCAACCGCAUGUACACGCUGGAGCAGUACAAUAACAGCAAAUCGUUCACCGUGUCCAAGCUGACCCAGCCUCAGGAGGAGAUCCGCCUCACCAAUCUUUACACACUCACCAACUACACAUACUGCGUGGUUUCCACCAGCUCUGGCACCCAUCAUAACCACACCUGCCUUACCAUCUGCCUGCCCAAGCCGCCCAGCCCACCGGGCCCCGUGCCCAGCCCCUCCACAGCCACCCACUACAUCAUGACCAUCCUGGGUUGCCUCUUCGGUAUGGUACUGGUUCUGGGCGCUGUCUACUACUGCCUGCGCAAGCGGAGGCGACAAGAGGAGAAACACAAGAAGGCUGUGGCAGCGGCAGCUGGAAGCUUGAAAAAAACCAUCAUCGAGCUUAAGUACGGUCCUGAGAUUGAAGCGCCUGGACUGGCUCCCCUGACCCAGGGUCCGCUGCUUGGCCCUGAGGCUGUGACUCGAAUACCCUACCUGCCAGCUGCCACCAGUGACGUGGAGCAGUAUAAGCUGGUGGAGAGCAGCGAGACCCCCAAGGCCACUAAGGGGAACUACAUUGAAGUGCGCACGGGGGAGUCGCAGGAGCGCAGAGGCUGUGAGCUGAGCCGGCCAGGUGAACCCCAGAGCUCAGUAGCUGAGAUCUCCACCAUUGCCAAGGAAGUGGACAGAGUCAACCAGAUCAUUAACAACUGCAUCGACGCCCUCAAGUCCGAGUCCACCUCCUUCCAGGGCGCCAAAUCAGGGGCGGUGUCUGCGGCUGAGCCGCAGCUGGUGCUGCUGUCCGAGCCUCUGGCCAGCAAGCACAGCUUCCUGUCCCCUGUAUACAAAGAUGCCUUUGGCCAUGGUGGCCUGCAGCGGCACCACAGUGUGGAGGCUGCGCCCGGGCCCCCGAGGGCCAGCACUUCAUCCAGCGGUUCUGCACGCAGCCCUCGCACCUUCCGGGCUGAGGCCACCGGCACACAUAAGGCCCCAGCCACCGAGACCAAGUACAUUGAAAAAAGCUCACCUGUGCCCGAGACCAUCCUCACUGUGACACCCGCGGCCACUGUGCUGCGGGCGGAGGCCGACAAGAGUCGCCAGUACGGCGAGCAUCGGCACUCAUACCCCGGCUCUCACCCUGCCGAGCCACCUGCCCCUCCACCACCUCCACCCACUCACGAGGGCUUGGGUGGCCGCAAGGCAUCCAUCCUGGAGCCUCUGACCCGGCCACGACCCCGAGACCUCGUCUACUCGCAGCUGUCCCCACAGUACCACAACCUGAGCUAUUCAUCCAGCCCCGAGUACACCUGCAGGGCAUCCCCAAGCAUCUGGGAGCGUCUCAGACUGAGCCGACGGAGACACAAGGAUGAUGCGGAGUUCAUGGCGGCUGGCCACGCCCUGCGCAAGAAGGUUCAGUUUGCCAAAGACGAGGACCUGCAUGACAUCCUAGACUACUGGAAAGGCGUGUCUGCCCAGCACAAGUCCUGAACCUCCCUCCACCCUUUGGCAGGGCCCAAGGAAGCCUGGCCCUGUCCUCUCCGAAACUCGUGAUGCCCAUUGGACCAAAAAGGAUAGACCAUCCACAGCAGCUAUCCCUGACUGAGACUUAACACUAAAUCCAACAUAUGUGCACAAUCAGGGGCCGCUGCAUACAGCACCUGGCCCACAGGGACAGCUUGGGGAGGCCGCAGGUGGCCGUGACAGUAGAUAUACUAACUUCCAUGUAAACUGUAAUGUGCCUGCUGCCUGGUGCAAGCAAGCAAGACGCACACACACACACACACACUCACACACACACACACACACACACUCACACAUUCACACACACUCACACAUACAUUCACACACACAAAUGCACACACAUGCAUGUGCGCGUGCACACACAAACAUUCUCACACACUCACACACGCACAUGCACACACAUGCACACAUGGGACUUCGGAAAACUGUGUCUUACGGGUGGGGGUGGGGGAGGGGAAGUUUUUCCAUUAUCUUUCCUGUUUUGAGUCUUCUCUUCCUUUUCCUUCUUCUCUCUCUUUAUUUUCUUCCUUUUUAAAAAAAUAUAUAUAUAAAAGUGAAAAUCUUUAAAAAAAAUAAAAGAGAGAGAAAGAAGAAAGAACUAAAUCACCUAGCGUGGGGCAUGUGACCAAGUCUAGCCAGCUUCAUGGCACCCCCUAAAUAUGAUCUCCCAGGCUGUGGAGUGCAGAGGGGUGGAGCAUCUGGAGGCUGUGAGACUCUAGUGGGGAGGUGAAGACUGUGCCUGGGGACCAGUCAGGGUGGCAAGAGGGGUGCAGGCUGGGAAACAUUGUGUGGUCCCCCCACCUCGGCCCCAUCUUUAUUGUACACUGUAGCUGUUCUAUUGUACAGAAAAAAAUCUAUAUUUGCAAAGUUUGCUGUAAAAUGAGAGAGAGAGAAAAAGACUAUGUCUACUAAAAAAAAUCUGCAAAGGAAAAAAA